GUAGGAGAUAUUUAUAUGUUUCUGUCCCUCUCACGCGUAUUGAGAAAUAAUUAAAUGAAUGGUGAACGAGUGAAACAGGGAUACGUUCGAGUGGAAAUUAUUGAAAGCGGCUGCCUAGGCCAGUCGCCAUGUAGAUUUUUUUGAUGUGGGUGUUGUGUCUCAGGAUGUCGAGCGCUUCAAUGAUUACUAUUUUCAAGUGGACGUUUUGAAUUUUGUGUUUAUCGUCAUCUAAACGAUUUGUGGUGUUUAAAGUGUUAGUGGACAAUAUUUAUUCUUUGUGCUCGUGAACGAUUCGGUUCGGUGACUGCGAAUAAUCUCUGGAGGGGGGCUGCUAAAAUACUACAAUAGGAUAGUAACAACGUUUUACAACUCGGUAGAUGUGCUCGGAGCGCUCAUAAAAUUUCUCAUAUCGGUGCGGGCGAGGCGGACUUCCAUUUUGUUUUAUUAUGAGGUUUCGUUGUUUACUCGGUGCGUCCACGACAAUGGAAAGAGACGGAUCACGGCCACAAUGACUGGGCAGUAGGCGGGCAUGCAGCGAGCCGCCGCGGGCGGCGCCCCGCAGCCGCAGCCCUCCGCCGCCGCCCCCGCGCACCCCCGGCGCCUGCACGCGCUCUACCCGGACAUUGAUGACCAGAUACCCGCCUCAGUGAUCAGUAGCGUGGGCACAGUGAGCCUAUCCCAGGCCUCCUGCCCAACGUCCAUCACCAUGGCCAACCCCACCAAUCCCGGCACCGCCAGCAGCGGCCAGGCCCAACCGGCGCAGGCCUCGCGCCUCCCCAAGAAACGCAAGUUCGACCCUUCAGAACUCGAAGAAAUGGAGAGAACUUGCACGAAUAAUGUCAACAACGUUGUCGUCUCUGCGCCCCAGGAGUACCAUCCGCAGAUAUACCCUCCACCUAUGCAGCCUUCGCCAAUCCAACCGUCACCGCCACAGGACAUGAAGUUCUCUCUUUAUCCAAACAUCGACCUGUCCGAAUGGAGAGACCAUAGAGUCUUAGCCAAGCAGCAUAGACUUUAUAUCCCUGGAGUUAUAAGACAGGCGGAAGGCUGCAAGGUUGUUGUAGAACUCGACGGUCAGGAGCAAAGCCCGAUCGUCUACAACGACAUUUUCGGGGCCAACAAAUACGAUGUUAUCAGUGACGCGAGCCCGCUACUCAACCAUCUGCUGAUAGGGUCGCCAUGUGUGGUGAGGACCACGGAUCCGAGCCGGGAGAGUGUGCAAAACGUUUUUGUGGAAGGACUUGUUGUGGAAGUGCUUAGUUCGCCGAUUAGGAUAAGAGUUAAGCAGGUAGACGGCAUUUGCAAGGAAUCCGUGGAGGUAAAGCGAGCAGACAUCCGCCUGCUGCAGCCUCCUUGGGCCGACGAGCUGGAGGACGCUGGCUCACACGCUGCCACCAUGCACUCACAACGAGUGUUGGUGCCUAUGCAGAUGAGCGAAAACUUCUACACAUCGUCGCCGCUCGGCGCCGGGCCCGUAGUCACCGUCGGGGCCCUCUCAAACGGCUCCAUGGACGAGCUGCGCAAGAGGCCCUUCGAUGACUACUGCGAGAGCGACGACGAGCUACGCAGGGAGGACAUUAUGUUCCCCGACCAGGCGCAUAUGGACUGCAGCAACAGCAAACGCAGCAGUCUGCAGAGCCGCGGCAGCACCUCCAGUCUGCUGGAACGCAGCAUCACACCACGAUCUCAACCCCCCACUCCCAGAUCUCAAGCGGCAACCCCGCACAAAUACAAGAAAGGCGAUGUCGUGUCCACCCCGACGGGCAUCCGGAAGAAAUUCAACGGAAAGCAAUGGCGGCGGCUCUGCUCCAAAGAUGGCUGCUCCAAGGAGAGCCAGCGCCGCGGGUUCUGUUCAAGGCAUCUGUCUUUGCGAGGCGUGGCAAGGUCGUCUAACACGCCGUUGGCACAGGGUUCAGCGCAGCAGAGAAGCAGCAGUAAAUCCCUAUCAUCCAGCGGCACGGGCGUGGAAGGCGACGAAACGUCCCGCGAAUCCGACACGACUCCGCCCAGCUACCGACACGUGGCCGGCCGCUUCGACCCGGACGAGACCGAGGCCGCCAACAUGCUGGUAUCCCUGGGCAGCUCGCGGUCGGGCAGCCCCGGGCUGUCUCCGUCGGGCUCGCCGGCCGGCACGGCGCUGCGCAGCAACGUGUUCGUGCCCAUCUCCUCGCCGCAGCCGCCGAGGGCGCUGCCUCCACACCAGGCCGCCAUCUACCCUCAUCUCAUCAGGCCGGAACUGGUUCGGCCGGGCAGAGUGAGCCCGCCCGUCAACAGUGUGGCCACGAGCGUUAUAAGAGUAUCGCCGGCUCCUACCUACCAUUACCAGGUGGAAAACCGCAACGGGACCACAACCAUACAAACGAACAGCAUCAGCCAACCCAACGUGAUCGGCGUGCAGACCUCCGGCCUCAACAUCCAGAGCUCCCUCCAGAACUCCCUCCCCUCCCCCGCACCUACCCUCACCCUCCCCUCUAGCAUCUCCCUCAACCUAACCUCCCUCAACGGCCAAAGCUUACAGACAAGCAUAGCCAACACGCUCCGCACGGCGAAGCUAGACGAGAUACCGCACAACCUGGUGAUGCACAGGACUAUACCGACCUCGAAUGGGAUAGACUUGGAGCAUAUAUACCGCGCCCAGCCGCUGAUGAGGAACGGCAUACAUGAUUAUAGGCGGGAGGAGUCGCCUACUAUGAACAAUCAUGUUAAUUUUGUGAGGAAUUAUGAGGAUGAAGAUCAGCGAGAGCACGUGAGGCUAGAGACACGUCCCGAGCCGAGCGAGGCGCGAGUGGUGAAGCCCGCGCCACUACAAGCGAGGCUGUACGUCAUACCGCAAUCUACCAACGAGAAGAAAUUCGUGUUUAUAAAAAACGAGCCGGCUGAGACUGUUCAGAUUGAACAGAAAACGCAUCAGUUAGCGCAACAGAUGAACAUCAACAUCAACAACAAUGAUUCCGACCACGACCAACACAGGCCCCUGGAUAACGGGGACCAUCAGGUGAACAACGGCAACGGCAGCGCAGUGAUUGUGCGGCCCAGCCAGCUGCUGCCGGUGCUGCCGCCGCCCACGCCGCACACGCACAUCAUUGUGUCAACGAGCGGUGUCAGUGGCGGCGUGUUCCCGUGGCAGUCUCUCGUGCCACUCCUCACGGCGUCAUCUCCGCCCGCGCCCGCCAGCCCGCGCACGCCACGUACGCCACACACGCCGCAUACCCCGCAUACGCCACACACGCCACAUACGCCGCACACGCCGCACAUCAAGCAGGAGGAGAUCAAGUCUGAGGGUGUGGACGGCAUAACAUCCAUGUGCACAGAAGAGGACGAGGAAGUAUUCGACUGCGACGAACCCAGCGGGGGCGACGAGAGCAGCAAGCGACGCUCACACAGCCUGUCGUCGCUGCCCGCGGCCGGCCCGCAGGAGAAGAAAGAACACAACCGCAUCCGCCGGCCAAUGAACGCCUUCAUGAUAUUCUCGAAGCGACACCGACAAAUGGUGCACCAACGGCACCCGAACCAGGACAACCGUACCGUCAGCAAGAUCUUAGGCGAGUGGUGGUACGCGCUCAAGCCUGAGGAGAAGCAGAAAUACCACGAGCUGGCCAGCGAGGUCAAGGAAGCUCAUUUCAAAGCUCACCCUGAAUGGAAAUGGUGUAACAAGGACCGAAGAAAGUCAUCCAGCAGCCGGGACCCCACAGGGUCCAUGCCUCAGAGCCCGCGGACCCCAUCAGAGGGUCCCAAUACAAACAGCGCUUCCGACCUGCCGGUCACGGUGGCUUCCUUUAACCAUGCUAGUUCACCGCAACUUAGUGAUGACGAGAAGAUGAUAACCGCGUCUAUCUGCGAGGAGGCGGCGGCGGCGGCGCACAGCGCGGAGCUGGACCUGAAGUGCGGCGAGCGCGUGACGGACUCCGACUCCGACACGCACGAGCCGCGCGACUACCUCAAGCACCGCGACACGCGCCGACCCAAGCCCAUCAAGGCCAGAGCGGGUUCGUCUGACAAUCUGCUCGGCGGCAUAACUGCGUCGAGUCCCGGAGGAUCUAAGGUGUUCCAGCCCACUGGAGGCGCCUUCAAGUCCACGCAUGCCGACUCGGAAACCCACCGGCAAUGGAACGCGUACGCGCACAACAAGAUCAAUCACGUGCCCGCCUCCCCGCACAGCACCGCAGCCAUCACCAGCAGCGUGCAAGGCAUCUCUCUCUCCACACCCAACCUUACCACUCAAGCGGCGCUGGAUAACGCCAUCGCUUCGCUCAUGUCGCCAACCCCGACCUCUGGCGUGCAAGUGAUAUCCAGUGGCGUCUCGAAUGUGCAGUCCGUGCCUCAAGGGAACCUGAGCAAUGCGUUACUAAAGAGCGUGACUCUGGUGAAGCGCAGCGUUGGCGACAACGCCACGGGUCCCCUGACGCUGUCCGUGGACGCGUCAGGCAACCUGCUGCUGAAGGCCAGCCAGGCCGGCGAGGCGCCCUCCGAGCCGCAGUUACACUACGUACAACUGCAGAGGCUCUAUGUACCCUCGUUUAAUACUGAAGUUGAACCGCCCAAGAGUCAAAGCCAAACCGUACAAGGUCCGGGUCCGGGCCAGUCUGUGAUAGUCUCUCAGAGCAACGCUCAACCCACGCAGAAACCCAACGCGCAAUGGGAGAGUCCCGCAGAAGAAACCCGUCCCUUCCCCCUCGCGCCCACGCCUGCGCAGCUGGGCCGGGCGCCGCUGCAGAAACGACUCAGCAGAGGCACGUCGACGGGGUCGGCGGGGUCGGGCGAGGCGGGCGGCUCGGCGCCGGCGUCGCCGCGCGAGCCGGACCCCAAGAAGAGCCUCUUCAAGAAGGGCACCGAGGACGGACGCGACAAGGUCCUGGAAACGGUGAACUUCGAACAGAAGUUCAGUACACUGCCGCAGUUCAAGCCCGAAGCGUGCAGCCCCAGCGUGGUGGUGCCGAGCAGCCCGCAGCUCUACCUCCGGAAGAAACACAACAACAGAAUAGAAGAGGAGGUGCCAACGAUGACGCCGGUGAUGGAGCCCGAACCGCUGCCGAGCGGCGCCAUGCCGACGCCGCACUCGUACGGAACCCCACACACUACGACCAAGCUUGUUGGCAACACUUUCUUCGGGCCUGACUUCAACUUGGACACCUUUAGAGUAUCGGAGAGCAUGGAGGAGAUGUCUCCGCGCACGCCGUGCACGCCGGGCGGCGCGCGCGGCGAGGCGGGGCACCGCCGCGUGCUGGAGCAGCGCCGCCACCUCGUGCUCAAGCUGUUCCAGGAGCACGGCAUGUUCCCCACCACGCAGGCCACCACGCACUUCCAGGCGACGCACAUGGACAUAUUCCCGAACAAGAUGUCGCUGCAGCUAAAAAUCCGCGAGGUGCGGCAGAAACUCAUGGCGCAGUCCAACCUCACACCGCAUUCCGACAUCAAUACGCCCACUAACGUGAACUCGCCCAUGUCCGCGCUGCAGCCCACGUCCACGGCCAGUUAGCGCUGCGGCCUCACCGUCUCCAUCGUGGUGCAAGAGUAACACACACACACCGACGGUUAGCACACACACAUCUGCCAAUACUAUGUACACAUUCAACGUUCUGAAGUCGUAAUAUGUUUACGCUAAGCCUGCAUCGAUUUGGCCCACAAGCCCACACUGUUAACUGUACAUGAGUGGACCUUAUGCCUUUUGUAAUAAGGUCCACCGAUGUACAGUUAGGAGUGUUGCUGUUUGGACAGUCACGGACUUUAAUUGUUGAGCCAUUUAGGGUUUACUUUACAUUGGACAUUUCAUACCGUUAGUAUUGACAACCAAAUUAACUUGAACCUUAGAUGGGUCAACAAUUAAAGUCUGCGACCGUACUCUUGGGUGAGUUGGGAGUGAUAUUGUAUGUGUAUACUUGAUGUGUUGACUCUGACCAGCGUGUCGUGUCACGAAAAUGUGGUAAAAUAAAAAAUAUUUGAAUGGCAUAAUUGACACGGCUCACUGGCAAGCUUUAUUCACGACAUGUUCUCGAGCAUUUACCACUAGAAGGGAGAACUGAACGCGUUGAUGUAUUGAUUGGAAAUGAAUUCGACUUCUAUAUGUCAAGUCCAUAUAAUCAAUCAAUAAAGCCAGUCAAUAAACCAAUAUUGAAUACAAGCUCUGAGACAUGUAGUUUAUACUCAGACUCACCCACCUUGCCAGAGUUGCCAGUAGAAAAAGGCGCGAAAUACUAAUUUUCUAUGGGACUCCAAUCCUUCGCGCCUACAUUUGCCGCCCUUUUCACUGACAAAUUGGGUGUGCCAGAGUAUAAUUUACUACUGUUUAACUUUAACUACACUUAAAUUGUGUUUUUAUUAAGGAAAUGAUGCAAUAGAAAAACAUUGUAAUGCUAACCGCCAAAUAAUGGAGACGGACCAAAAUCGGCGACUAAAAGUGUUUGCAAUUUACCUAGAUUGCAUUUAAAGGAUUUUACUAUUACAGACUAACUUCAUUAUUCAUAUUAAUAAAUCAAUAUAAAACUGUCUGUACUUUUAGGUAUUAAAAAUAAUAAAAGUGUAAAGUUUGAAACCAUGUGGUUGGGUCAUUCGGCCAAUGAAAUAUUACCAUAAAUACAAAAUACCCCACAUAUAGAAACUGUGUUUAAGAUACUAAAUCAUUGGCCGAAUUGUCUAUUUUAAAUACCUUAAAGACAGACUAUACAAAAAAAUAAUCAAAAAUAUUUGGUAAUCUGUGUGAGAAUCGAGGUUAUGAUUGUACUAAGGACUGUUAGUGUCAUUUAGUUUUACAUUUCGUUUGCCCAAACUCAUUUAUGUAAGCUCUGACUGCGCUUUGAUUUUUAACCCUUUUACUGCCAAAGACGUGAACAGACGCGCGCAGCUACAACCCAAUAUCAACCUUCGUGCAUUCUCACAAGGUUCAUAAUGCGCCGCGCACUAUAGGCGUGGCAUUCAAAAGUUAAAGCCCACUCAAUCUAGGGUUGGCAUGUAAAAUUUUGGACUACUACGAACUAGAAUAACUGGUCUUAAAACUAAUGUAAAAUUGAGAUACAACGAUUGCGAUCUUUCAACAUUAACCCAUUGAACGCGAACUCGGCGCGCCAUCGUAAACUUUGUAGAAAUGCACGAAGGUUGAUAUUGCGCUGUAGCCGCGCGCGUCAUUUAACGUCUUGGGCGGUCAAAGGGUUAAAAGCUUAGUAAACGGUCAGAGCUGACACACAUUUACAUCAUCAUCAUCAUAUUUACUCAGUGUGGGUGAUCUCAAUACAUUUGUAUCUGUAUAUAAGUCAUAUGUGUUCCAUUAUCAGUUGGGUUUGUUCAUUAUUUCAUCACACGUCACAAGGCUUCGGCGAAAUGAACCACUACAAAGUUAACGUUGAAAUUGUACCUUAUGUCGUACUUGUAAGGUCGCAUUUUCAACUAUCACUUGGUAUGUAUGGAAUCGUUCCGCCAAACUUUGUGUCUGCAAAGCUUCCUGCUGUUUCAACUGACGUUCAAUAGUUACUGCAGCUUCUGUUAUUAACCUUUUCGACGCCGUAUCAAACACAAAAACUGUCACGCGGACGCCACGUCACCGAAGUGUCAAAACUGAAAUUGAACUUUAUGCAUAAGCACGUAGGUCAAUGUUGUUCUGUGGUCUGUGACCGAUUAAUCGGUCUUUGGCGUUGAACCUGCGGUGCGGAUAUAUCGGUCAUUGGCGUCCAAAAGGUUAAUACAAAUAACUUUCCAAAUCGUAAGAACGUUGAAGCUGAAACAGUGGGCGGAGGACAUACUUAUAAUAGGCAUCUAUUUAAGAGUCGCACCAACCCGCUGUGAAAAAGCCGCUUCAAUACAAUUGAAAAAAAAAUUACGCACUCAUUUUAAAAAAGUAGCUUAAAAUACAUGAAACUUUACAUAAACAACAUAUACAUAUUUAUGUCUGGUAUUUAAAAAAAGUCAGUUGAGGUUUUGUAUGUAAAACAUCUAGACUCUCUAAUUUCUUUGUAUGUAUAACAAUUUCUAGCAACUAAAACAAGUGUACUUACAGUCGGUUCCCUAACAUAAGUAAAGUAUCCUCUUUUUUAUACAAUUAGGGUCGGUUGCACCAAACUGUUCGUAUCGUUAAAGAGUUUGCUAAAUUUUUAUGUAUGGAAAGUUUCAUAGUGGCGCGCCGGCUGGCGUUGAUCAGUCUGUCAAAUCAAAUGUGGUUGGUGCAACUGGCCCUAAGUAUGGCAGCUUAGGCACGUAAGUUGGGGCACCGACCGUAAUAGACAUAGAUUGUUACUUGAAUGUUUAUACGUAAUUAUCAAAUUUCAUGUUAAAUAUUUCGGGAUGUCGUUUUAAAAUGAGAGCGUAUUGCGGCAGCGACGGUCGUGUGACUCUUAAGGGGCGGGUCAUUAUAUGUUUUACGUAUCACUGACAUGCCAAUAAGGCAGUUGUCCCGUGUCGGCCUACCUUCAAAUGACCCAAUAUUUUAUAUCUAGACAAAGUUUUACAAAGAUCUAUGGCAUUCAUCUAUUUAGUUGUUGCAUUUAUAAUCGUUCAUGUCGACCACGCGUUAUUCGCUAAGUUUAUAUCGUAAGGUCAUCUCGUGUGUAACGGAUAGCUACCCGUACGUGUGUAGAUUGAUUGUGGAUUUUAACGAAACUGGUGCGUACCAAUUAAUUAUUAUUUAGGUACACUGUUUAUUUUUAUCGUUUUAUAUUUAUGUUGUGAUCUUUGUCUUCCACGAGUUUGAAAUCUUUUCGUUUAUUUAGAUGAUUAUCUAUUUAAUAAUUUCUUUAUGUACAGUGACUUACUUUAAGCUAUAAGUGGAGUGAUUUUGAAUUAUUUUUCGAUGCCAUGUUUGAUCGUGGAGCGCCGUGGUGCGCGGCCUAGUGUUAGCUUACACUAAGGGCAUUCCAGAAGAGUGUCGCUAUUUUUUAACACUUCUGAUAAAGCUAAGAAGCCGUAUUUCGCCUGAUAACUUAGAUUUUAAUUCAACGCUAUAUUAUACAGAUUUCUGCAGGUUAUUAAGAUGGCUGCCAUACAAGACAAGUCGACCUUUUUGUGGAAUGCCCCACUACACCUACUGCGGCAUUUCUUGCGGCCGUAUUUGCCUAAUAUCGGUGUGCAUCUCUUUCGUUUGUUGUAUUGAAAAAAAGAGAUGCAACGCUAAUAUUUUCGAAUGGGCAUUGGUCGCGCGAAGUGCGGCCUCGUACAUUUUCUAUCACUUAUGACAGCGCAUAAGAAUUCUGUCAUUUUAAAUGGACCGAUACGGUUUACAAAAACAGCUCAAACGAUAACGACACUAGAUAAAUCAAUAUUUAUAUUAUAAUCUCAUUGUAAAUAUUAGAUUUAUGUUAUACUAGUGCUAAGUGUUCCCGGCUCUCAAAGUAAUUAAGUUUUUUAUUUAGAGAAUGCUAAUGAUAUAGACAAAAGAAUAUAAAAUUUAUACUUGAGAAUUUUCGGCCAAUACAAAUGUUAUGUAUAUCAAAAUUGUAUUUUUUAAAUGAUCUCUUGGGCGUUAUAGUGUUAGGAAAUUGCUUUAGGAGUCCGGAAGUGAAAUGAAUUUAUUAAAAAUAUAAACGUAAGAAAUAUUUUCGCACUGUUAAAUCUUAAUAGUCGCGUAGUCAAUUGAUCUUUAAAUAAUAAUUGUUGUCAUAAUCAUACCAUACAGAUGCUGAAGUAGUACCGUUGUUACCAAUUAGAAUAACAUACACACAUACUUUUAUACACACAUUAGUACUAUGUAUAUGCCAACCUCACCUCUUAUCAAAACGGAUGUCUAUAAUCAAUAUAAUAUGCCGUCGCCCACUUUUUGAAUUUAGAAAGAGUAGGGAUGUCUGUCUUGUCCCCUCUGGGCUCGCUUUGUCCAAAUAGAUCAUCCCAAAAUAAUGUUUCGAGAUAGUCAGGUGCUAGGAGCAUGUAGAUCUACUACUGGUAAUAUAGUGCUCGAACAACUGAGUAUCUCUCAAUAUUUUUAUAUUACAUAUAUAUACGUAUAGUAAUUCCCCAUUCGAUCACAAAUCUAUCCAUCGCCACACAAUAGUACGUCAUAGUUGUAACAUUAUUUGCAGUUUCGUAACUAAUAAGCGUUUUAAUAUCUGCAACUGGAGUAAAUGAGUCGGCGACUCCAUUCCAAAGCUCGAAACUUCCGGGGCUGCUAAACGAGCCGAAAAGCAACUCAUAAUAAUGAGAUUAAAAACAUACUCCAGUGCCUAAGUUAUAUAUUUAUACUUUGAAAUAGCUCAACCAUGUCGUUGGCUUAAUAUGCAAUUAUAAUUAUAUUUAUACUUUUAGAUUGUGUUGCAAUAUCGUUCAUGUAACAUACAAAUAAUAGUUUUGUUUAAUGUAUGCUUGUGAUGUUUGUACUUGUUUCCAUUUGUUUUAACUGUCCAUGAGUUUAAGUUUGCGAAUGAUCGGUUGCUAUCGAGUUUUAAUUUUCCGCGUGUUAUAUUUACAAUUAAUGAAAAAACACACUUUAAAGUUAGUCUGCGUAUGCUAGUGCCUUUUUGACUCUCAAAACUUAGUGUAUUCUACUUGUCUUAUGCUGUUGAAGGAUGUUAUUCGAGAAACAAAGGGCCUAACGCGAGAAACGAAAAUCCAAAUUUCGUUUUUCACGGUGGGGCCUCUGGUUGUUAGUUACGUUUUACGCGUCUAGGUUUUGUCAGUCAACAAACUAUUGUAAUAUGCAGAUUGUUUUAGUAGACUGAAUUGUGUAUGUUACAAAACAUUUUCAUUGUUAUAUUUUAAGAAAUACGAGCAAUUACUGCUGAACGACUUUUUGAAUGAAAGCAUUUUCGUUAUUUAUUUCUUCUACAUAAGGCAUUAGUCUAAUUGUUUAGUCAAAAUGUAACUGUAAAUAUCUUGUUUAGAAGUUUUAUUUAGAAUUAAGUGUUCAAUUUAAUGUCGAAUAGAUUGAAUUAGAGAAACAAAUCAUAAUAGCUAAUAUCUGAAGCAGUAAUCUUUUGUGUGGGAGUUUUCGAAUCCAACUUAUGGACCAAUAACACCUUUAACUUAGACUCUAUAAUGUAUGAAGCAACAAACUCUGCAGAACUGGAGCUACCGGCGUGUGGACAGUUUGUUCAAGCAUAUUGGAUCAUUGUACGAACUUAUGUUAAAACAUAAAAACCACGAAAACA